AUGCUGGGCCCCCGCGGCGUGACGCGAGCACGGCAGCUCCGCCCCCUGCGUCUCUGGCCUCGCCGGCCUUGGGGGGAUGGUUCCAUCAUGGCGUCAAUGCAGAAACGAUUGCAGAAAGAACUGUUGGCUUUGCAAAAUGACCCACCUCCCGGAAUGACUUUAAAUGAAAAGAGUGUUCAAAAUUCAAUUACACAGUGGAUUGUAGACAUGGAAGGUGCACCAGGUACCUUAUAUGAAGGAGAAAAAUUUCAACUUCUAUUUAAGUUUAGUAGUCGAUACCCUUUUGACUCUCCUCAGGUCAUGUUUACUGGUGAAAAUAUUCCUGUUCAUCCUCAUGUUUAUAGCAAUGGUCAUAUCUGUUUAUCCAUUCUAACAGAAGACUGGUCCCCAGCGCUCUCAGUCCAAUCAGUUUGUCUUAGCAUUAUUAGCAUGCUUUCCAGCUGCAAAGAAAAGAGACGACCACCAGAUAAUUCUUUUUAUGUUCGAACAUGUAACAAGAAUCCAAAGAAAACAAAAUGGUGGUAUCAUGAUGAUACUUGUUGAUGCCACUGUUAUCAUCCUCCUAGCAGAAGAUAGUCCUACUGAGAAAAUGAGCACUUUGAUCAUUCAGUCUUUGAACUUUAACCUUUGACUGGAAGUGACCUAUAGGCAAUGAAGACUACUUCCUUUUACUGCAUUUUUACUCGUGUGCAUUCUGGGCGCAUGUUGAUCGCUGGUUCAGUCCAGGCAACUGACAUGCUUUUAUUAGUCAUACAGUAUUAAUGCAGGUGUCAGGAAAUGUCAAAUAUAAUUCCAUUUUUUAUUUUUAUUUUUUUAAGCUUUUGGAAAAGUUCCAGGUCCUCAUGUAUUGUGCAAUAACAAUGACUUCCUUGGCGGUUUUGGGACGUUCAUUGCCGGCAAUGGACGUUUAACAGGAAAAAUUUUCAUUAACUCCUGCCACCCAAUGAUUAAUGCAUGAUAGGGCCUAUGAAAUGAACUUAUUGGUUAUAGUGGGAUUAUAAAUAAAGUGAGGGAUCCAACAUUACCUUGAAAGUCACCCCAACUGUUUAUAUUUGGAUUCUAUGCACUGUGAUCCUAAGGUUAACGGCAUGAAUUAACAUGCGUCUUUAAAGGACUGUAAUGAAAGAUCAUUGCGUAUUUAUUGAAUUGUUUAUAUCUGCUGUCAAAUUGUUUUGACAUGGAAGGUUUUCAAGUAACAUUGGCAGAGAGGUACAAUAUGUUAUCCCUAUGGUGAAAAUAAAUUCAUUUGUUGUAUAUAGUUCCUCAAUAUCUGAAGUAAAGGUAUGAGUAAUAUAGGGUAUGAAUGGUUUAAUCAAGGCUUUAUUUUGGAAGUAAGAAAAAUGGCAGUGAUGAUUCAACUGCUGCAGUCCAUAAUUUGGGCUUAUUUGUACAUUAACAGUUUUUCCAAGUAGGUUACACUCUGUUACUUCCUGCUAGCCAUCAGCAUGAGCCCUACUGCCUAAACACUAUUUCAUUUAUUUAUGUUUGGAAAAUCCACAAACAGUUUUUGUUUGCAAUUUUGUUUCUUUUGUUAUGUUUUAAGUCAAGAUUGAAUGUUACAGUACUUCAAUUGGAAAAUUUUUGUCAAGUUUUUUCCUGUAAAUUUUCUUUACUUGUAAGUAUCAUUAUGUCCUUUAAUCCUGUACCCUAAAAUAAGAAAUACAUUUUUGACAGAGGCUUAAUGUUUUAACAAAAGAGUGUGGACAUUUUUAUUUUAAAAUUUAGGCAAAAGUACACUAUAGAAUGGUAUGUUUGCUUAUUUGUCUCACACAACCAUACAAUUUUUCCUGGAGGGAUUAGUUUUGUUUUCUUGUUGUUUAAAAGACUUUGCUUACAGCUAGAUAAAGUUUUCUAUAGAAAAAAAUUGUUGAAACGUCCAAUUCUCAGUACCAUGUAAGUUAAUGAUACUGCAACUAGGUUCUCUUUUUAAAAAGCGAUUAUGUAUUUUAUAAAUUACCUUUUCACAUAUGCAAAAAUCUGUUUCUACUACAAUGUUAUUUUUACUAAUGCCUGUUGUUGCACUCUUUUUGACAUAUCCUGCAGUGAAUAAAUAUAUGAAUCAAUUUGGGCUUAAAAGUAAAAGCCAAUUGGCUGAAAGGUUUGAAGUAUGUACCCCAGCAAAACCAUCCAAUCAAUAAUUGGCGAGGAGUAUUUUCAAAAUUGUUUUUAAUCUCUGUAUAGAUGACAUUUUGUAGCUUUGUACAUGUUGUUAAUUAAGGGCAUAUAAUUUUACACUCUAAAAGUAUAAUUGCUGAACUCAGGGGUGGGUAGACUUCAAAAAUAUGUCUGCUGUAGAAAUAACUUGAAAAACAAAUUAAAACUAUGGCCAGCCACCAAAUUGUGGACACUGUUUAUACUAUAGUUAGCAACUACCACUUUUUGAAAUUAAACACAUUUUUGUUCUUUCUUCACUAGAUACACCUAAGUUCUCACAGUAGUUUUCUAUCAGUCUUAUUAGUUGCCCUGUUUAACCAAGACAAAAAAUGUUUUUUGGAAUGCUUGAGCUACUCUUAGUUUUUAACUGCUUUUUAAUAUGAAAAUUGCAGUGACAAAUUAUAUAUUUUUCAUAUUUUACACAACUCUAAACUGAUUGACUUGAUCAUUUGUGGGGGUGGGGGAAUCUUUCUCCAUAAUGCUGGUCCUCUUACUAAAAUUCUUUUAUAAAGAAAUGACCUGUGACAUUUAUUCACCAAAGGAAUUAAUAUACCAGGUCAAAGAUGAACAAUGCUGUCCUGUAGAUUAAUAGGUGGUAUAUAGCCUCAGUUGAGUUUUGUAAAAUAAAAAUAGCAGUAUUUUAAGAUACCUCUCUCUCUACCUAGAGAUAUCAUAAAAUAAAUUAAAAUGAAGCAGAGGAAAGUAAAGGAAACCAAAUAAUUUCAGUACACUUUACGGUUUAAAGAGAAGGUGAAAUAUCCUAAAAUAUAGAAAUACCAAUCAUUCAAAAUUUGCAAUAAGAUAACACUUUAUUCGUUACAUUACUCCCUUGAACUUAGGAAUUAUUGGAAACUCCUUUGCACUUAGAUUUAAUUAAGUUGAUUUUAAAUGUAAGUUACAUUAUUAAAAGACAUAAGAUGUUUACUUAAGUCAUUGCUCUAGAGAGCAAAAUUAAUGACUUUGUAAUAAUAAACAAUAUUUCUCUGUAACACGUUGUUGAACGACAACCAGAAUACCAAGAAAAUGUACAUAGGAAUAUGCUACUUCCCUCUUCCCUUGCUCUAUGGGGCACUGUCUGCUACAUAGGCCUACAGAAUUAUACUUUCAUAUUUAGACAAUAUGUACUCUCUAUUUAUUUAUUUAUUUAUUUAUUUUAAGGCCAUUCUUCUGGUUUGCCAAAUUCUGUUAAGGCAGUGAUACAUUCAUUUCCUUAUUUUGCAUGUUUAUAUCAUGAACUUGGUGCCCUUUAAAAAAAAAAUAUUAUGUCAAGUAGGUAUUAAUGCCAUAGAUUUUAAUGAGAGAAAUGGUUUUCAGUUUUUUAAGAUAAAUUUUUUAAAAUACAUUUUAUGGCCGUUCUCUUAAGGAAUUUAAUAUUCACCUCUAAAGGACUCACUUGUAGUGUAUGAAUUCCUCCUUUUAGCUAGCAGGGACAUAAAGCUUUUUUUAAUCCCCAAAAGAAAAUGCUAAAAAAUAGCUUUUAUAUACGGUUCAUCUGGAGAAAGACCUUAAUCCUUAUUUGUUUUGACUAGGUAUAUAAAUAUUUGGUAUAAAAUAACUAGAAUAGUUUAUUACUUUUUCCCUUCUGAAAUUUUAAAUAUAUGCAAAUAUAUAUCAUUAGAUUCCUGUGGUAAAUAAUAAUUUCUUCAGAUUCUAAAACAGGUAUCUAGUGACUGCUUAAUUAUUUCCAGAUUGCAUCAAAGAUGAAUUGACAAAUAAUGGAAAUGAGUAGUGAUAUGAAAAUGGUAUGUAACCACAUAUUACUUGUUUCUGGUAAUCAAAUCUUAUUUUUUAAAAAGCCUAUUGUUUUUGAGAAUUGAGAUAUUUAAACUUGUUACAACUUCUUCCUAAAAAUAGAAGAGAAGAGGAGGUACUGUGUGUUCAAAAAUUUUUUUAAAUAAAGAAUUCAGUGUCACUAGUUCUAAGCCUUUAUGGUCACUGCUGCUUAUAUUUCUUGAUCUCACUUUUAUUUAAUUUUUUUGUACAUAUUCGAGAUGAAUGCUUAGGAUUAUUAAGUGUAUAUAAAUUGGUUUUCUAAAAGAACUGAGGCUUACCCAUAUCUUCUCUAAGGAUUCACUGUUACCAAAAUCAGCUACUGCACGAUUCUGUGUUAUGCUAAUGCCUUUGCAUGAUUAAGAUCUGUGAAGGUGUCUUUUAAUCUGCACCACUUGGCCCAAUCCUCUUUGCAGUCUUGUUUUUCUCUCUCUUCUUUCUUCCUGUCUUCUCACAGAUGUCCACUAUGUUGGUCUUCAGCAGUUUCCCGAAGUUUUCCUCUCCCUCUCCCUUCCUUCCUUCUUUCCUCCUUCCUUUUCUUGAGGUUAGGGAAUCCAGAGAAGGAAGACUAUUGAAAUUACAUCAGAAAUUUUUCUUAAAUAAGAGGACUCCUUCCUACAGAUAAAAUAUGUAGAAUUUCUGAUACUUUAUUUCAGUUCAAGAGUAGGUGGCUAAAUUUAUUGAAUAAUUGACUACUUGAUAAAUGAGCUGUUAAUUGUAAUUUAGUUCUUAAAUACUAAUAUUAAGGGAGUUUUGCUUACUUUUUGGAUGGUGACUCUCCCAAAGUCUAAUUAUUGCCCAAAUGAAUUGAAUUAAUUGUUUUGGUAAAAGUGUUUUUUCCAUUUAUGUUUCUAAGCCAUUUUGAGAUUUGGAACUUUUUUUCUUUUUUUUUUAAUAAUUUGUGGGAGACUUUAAUUUUCUCAGCAUGAACUGCAUUAAAGACAGGCUUGUAUGCAUCAUUAUCAUUAGAGGCCCGUGGAGUCUACACAUGUACUUCAAACUUUAGAUCUUUAUCUUUAAAGUUGAAGUUCUGGUUCUGACUAUCGUCCUGAUGAUUGAGGUGUUCUCUGUGACUUUAAUUCUCAAAAGUUACUGGGACUGAUAGUUGAGGAUGAAUCUCCAGAAUGGUUAUAUGACUGUUUUAUCAAAAAAUUGUUUAUAAAACAAUAUAAUAUCUGAAGACAUUUUUGAAUGUGUGGAAGGAAAGCUUGACUAGAAGCUGGUAUGUUUUACCAUACCUAAAGAACUGCAGUUGUGCAAGUUGAGUGCAGUUGACAGGGAGAAAGAGAAACUUGUUCUUGUUCUAUUUCUUGGUGCAUACUUUGUCAGGGUUUUGUCAAAAGUUUGCUUCUGCAGUAAUUCUAAGCAGUUUUCUCAAAGGCAAAGCAUGGUUCUGGGCUUUGGCUUGUUAGGUGUGGCCGCACUUGUCAAAUUUCCUGGUAAAUGGAAAUAUUGAAUAAUCCCACCUCUCUAAUUCUAAAGCCUGAAACAAGACUAGUGAGGAAUGUGGUAGAAUGUCAGAUACCAUGAAUAUAAAUGCGAGUCUCUUAAUAGUUAACCACAGAUUAUUUACAUAAAUGCAAAUUGAUUGUCAUUCUCGGGAUAAAAUCAUUAAUCGAACAGAUUAUCAUGUCAGUUAUCUGGUAGCCAAGAAUUAAGUCCAUGUUCAAGUUAAAGUGGAUUUGUUGUUUUUAGUUGGUACCAUUUUUCUCUCAAUAUUCAGAAAUACAGAUUGUGCAUUUUAUUAAUAGGAAUGGAAGCUCAUGCUUGAGGAUUUGAAUAGGGUGGUUGUAUAUAUUUUAUAAAUUCAAGUUGUAAAAUAUGUAAAGCUGCUGCUUUUUGAAUAGAAUAUAAAUGUUAAGACAUAAAUCUAUAUAUUAUAUAUUUUUAAAUACAUGUACCAAACUUUUGUUAGUUGAAUAUAAAUUACAUUGUGUGCUUUAUGGAAUUCAGUAACUUUUAAUAAUAAAGCAGUUGUCAUUGAUUUUUUUUUUAUGUAGACUUGAAUAUUAAAUUGGAUAAUUAAAUCUCUUUGUAGUUUAUAAUAAUGUAAAAAUUUACUUAUGUACUAGUUUCUCAUUACAGAGGACUGCGAUCUUCAAAGGUUUGUGGAAACAGUGACAUGUCCAUUUCCAAAAAUAGGUGCAACAGCACGAAGAUAGUCCCUAACGCCACUUGUUUAUUUAUUUAAUGGAUCAUGUUCACUUAGCAAUGUAGCCUAGUAUAUUUUAGUGGUUCUUCAUGCUUUAAUGGAAGAAGUCCUGAUUGAAAGACAGGCAUCUUCAGAAAAGGUGGAAAUUGAGACCCAAGCACUUGCUUAGAGUCCCACCAUGAGUCUAGUGUUGCUGAACGUUAAGUUCUAUUAGAUUAAUAAGGACAUACCAUAGAGACCUUUGGAAUACUUUCCUGAGUAUACACAUAGAUCAACUAACUUAUGUAGAUGAGUGACUCGUGAAACUAUGAGAAAAGCAGAGGAGAGGCUGAAGAAUCAGGAUACCUGUCUGCAUGUCAGUUAUUCACAGCAGGAAGAAUGCUCUGCUGAUAUUCUAAGUUCUCUAUCCAGGGGGGCCCUGCUUGCCCCAGGAGCACCUCACUCCUCACAGGGGCAUGAAACUGCCUUACCUCAACAUGCUGUUUCUCCAUCCUCAACAGUAGAUGAGUAACUGGUUACGUAAAUGCAAGACCCAUCUUUGUACUUUGAUGACAUUCUCUCCCUUUAUUAUAAAUCUUAGAAUAAUUUCUACCUCUCUCAGAUGGUUUAAGCAACACUGGAUAAGUGAGUCUUUUGAAGUCCUCUCUACAUUCCGUAGUACUUUUCACACUAACAUACAGCAAAAUUAAACAUGAACUGAAGAGAAGUCAAAUGACAUAGCUAAGAGUUUUCUGUGCUUGGAUAAUAGGGUCCAAGGCCACAGUGGUUCUACAACAUCUGUCCUGUUGGGAACUUCUGUCAAUAAAUCUUUUAAAUUGCUUAUGAGAUUUCUUUUUAAUGUUUGCUUAAGGCAAAAUAUGUAAGUGAGUACCUGUGUGCUCUUUCCAAUCCAGUGGAGUUUGGAAAUGUUUUAAUAAGGAAAAUUGAAAUAAGAAACUAAGGUAGAAAAUAUCUUCUCAUAUAGGUACUUGACCUUCAAGGACCCAUGGUGGGUAGAUAUAACUCAUCAGGCAAGAACCUAAUAAGGAUGGCUAUUUCCUGCAAAAAACGUUUCCAACUUAACAUUAAAAUUUUCUUAUGUCCUGGGGCACCUGGGUGGCUCAGUUGGUUAAGUGUCCCACUCUUCAGUUCAGGUCAUGAUCUCACAGUCAUGAGGUCGGGCUUCGCACUGAGCUGAGCGUAGAGUGUGCUAAGAUUCUUUCUCCCUCUGCUCCUCUCCCCCACUCACACUCCCUCUCAAAAAAAUAAAAAUAAAAAUAACUCUUUAAAAAAUGUUUUAUGUCCUCUCUCAUACCCCGGAAAGCAUGUUUCUCUUUUCUUUCCUGUUAUAAUGGCAUUCUAUCCAACUUAGUUAUCCAAACGAAGACUUAAUCGCUAUUUACUGGUCCUCUCUGACAUUUUUCAUCAUUAAGUCCUUUUGAGCCUUUCUUUAAAAAUGAUCUCAAAUCCCUCCCUUCUCCUAGUGUCCUUGUCAUUCUGUCCCUUCACUACCUGCAUCCUGUGUUCCCAGGCUGCUCUUCAGCCAUCCACACAAUUUGUUCCUUAAAUAGUAGCAAAAGAAGACUACCUAUACUUUGCUAAUGUUCUUCCAUGUUCCUAGAGUGUUUUUCAUCUGCUUUUCUACCUAAAAAGUCCAGUUCAAAUGUAGUUCUAAUGUUAUAUUUGUCCUUCCCUUCCCACCCCCUACCAGUCUUCUGUCCUGGAUUCUUUAACAGUAGGGGCAAUGUCUCAAAUGCCCCCAGCAUGUAGCACACAGUACACAACAUAGAAGCUUUUAAUAAAUGUUUGUUAAAUUAA